AUGGCUGAAAGGCGUUUUGUCGAGGUACCGAUUCACAACACGAAUGACGUUGUCGAAAUCGAAUGCACAAAUCUGGAUACAUCUGGGUCAGAAAUGUGCUCCAUACUAGACACAGAGAAAGCCGCAAUGCCGUUUUACUCCCGGUUUGCGCUCGAGUACUAUAAGCAGGGGAAGACCGAGGACGCAAUUACGGUACUAAAAGGCGGGCUGGCCAAAGCACGCGCCAAUGACCUGACGUCGAAGGUGCCGCUGCUGAACCUUCUGGCAGGCAUCAGCGUGCAAAAGGCGAAGGUGGCGACGGUCAGCGGGACGGCAACCGAGCGCGACAUUCAGCUGCAGAUGGCGGCGACGUUGCUGACGGAGUCGGAGAAGAUCAGCCGGGAGGAUCCGCGGACCCCGGACCAGGCGCUGCAGCAGUUCAAUCUAGCGCUGCGACUGAACCCGACAUGCGUGGCAUCUUUGCUGGGCAAGGCCCGGGUGCUGUUCAGCAAGCGGCAGUUCCAGACGGCGCUGGGAAUCUACCAGCGCGUGCUGACACUGCGGCCAAACGACAAGCCGGACCCGCGCAUCGGCAUUGCGCUGUGUCUGAUGAAGCUCGGACACGCAAAGGACGCGCGGCGGGCGCUGGAGCGCGCGAUCGAGGUCGAUGAGCAGGCGGUAGCACCGUAUGUUCUGCUGGCGACCAUGGAUCUGAAUGCGGCCAAGCGGCUGAUGGACCCGCGGCUCAACGCACAGCUCGACGCAGGGAAAUUGGAGGAGGCGCUGGCGGAGGGCGGCUCGCUGCUGAACUCGGCCAUGGCGCAGCUUGAAGCUGGCAUACGAGCGGCAGCCGGCGAAUGCGGCAGUGCUGACGCGACUCGCAGACCGGCUCGGGCGCUGAAGACGGCCGAUACGCUGGCGAUCCAGGCCGAGGCCCAUUUCCAGGUGGCUCGCGCGCACCACGCAAUGCGGCGAUUCGACCUGGCGUUUGAUGCGUACCAGAAGAGCCUUCAGCACAACGAGCAGCACGCGCUGGCGCGCGCACCAGACAUGUCCAGCGCCGAGGCCACGUUCCAGCGCGUGCUGGAGAAGCACCCAAAAUGCGUUGAGGUGCUGCGGGCGCUGGGCUACCUGCACGCACGGCUGCCCAACAACAAGGCCAAAGCCGUGGAGUACUACGAGAAGGAAAUGCAGGCGGUGGCCGACGAGGCGGCCGAGCAGGCCAAGCGCCAAGGCAGCGAUGGCGACGUAGCCGCGUGGUUCGACGACGCCAACCUGUUCCUGGAGGCCGGGCUACUAUAUGAGGCUACCAGUGCCCGCAAGGCCCGCAAGGCAUACUCGAUGGCCGCCGCCAUCCUGCAGCGCCAGGGAACCGGGGACCAGCUGCCGGAGCUGUGGAGCAAUCUGGGGGCGCUGCGGCAGCUGGCGGGUGACGAUCGCGAGCUGAUCUUCGCCGAGUACGACAAUGCGGUGCAGAAAUGCACGGCGCUGCUGGAGUCGGCUCGCGCCCGGCUUGGCGACAAGUCCGGCGGGCGGGCGGCCCAUGACGUGCAGCGGCUCGAGGGUACGCUGACCACAGUGACAUACAACACCGCGCGAUUCUACGAGCACUGCGGGCUAUGGGACCGUGCCGAGGCUCUGUACCAGCGCAUUCUGCAGGCGACGCCCGCGUACCACGACGCGCGGCUGCGGCUGGCGCACAUCGCGUACUACGCGCGUGCCAACAGCAGCGACGCGCUGGCGCUGCUGGCAGACGCGACGGCCAACGACGGCAAGCGGGCGCUGGUGUGGCUGCUGAAGGGCGGCAUUGAGCUGCAGCGCAAGAACGUGCAGGACGCGCGUCGCGCCUACGAGCACGUGCUCAAGGACAUUGCCAAGCACGACGUGUAUGCGCUCACGCGCGCGCCUGCCAACGAGCCGCGCGACUCGCCCAAGCACAAGAAGCUGCGCGAUGUGGCCGCCAUGAGCUACAAGCGCGCGCUGGAGUUCUUCGACAAGUGCCUGCAGCUCGACCAGUCGUGUGCCAUGGCUGCCCACGGCGCUGCCAUUGCCAUGGCUGAGCGUGGCGAUCCGGCUCGCGCCCGCACCGUCUUCCAGGACAUCCCCGAGCCGAGCGCCACUGAGCUGCCGUUCGCGGAUGUCCCGGUCUCCAGCGACGUUCUGCUGUGGGCCACUGUCAAUGUCGCCCACGUGCAUGUCGAGACUGGCAACUACCGCCAGGCCGUGCUUGCCUACGAGGCGACCAUCGACGGCUCGCGGUUCAUUGUCAAGGCCCUGGAGCCGGCCGAUGCGCCUGCCCUGGCAAAUACGCCUGAGCGUCUGACCAAGGCCGAGAGCCACGAGCGCCGCCGCGUCCAGCGCGACCUGCACCUGUAUCUGGCCACCAAGGACGUGGCCACCAUGCGUACGGCCCUGACGGAGAUCCGCAACCUCUGCUCCGCCCAGGACAUCCAGCUGCCUGAGGACGCAGAGGGCGCAGAGGAGACCAGCAAGUCGGAGGAAGCCAAGGAUCCGGAAGACGCCAAGAAGUCCGAGCCGGCCAGCCGCCUGCAGCCCGAAGACAGCCACAUCCUGUUUGACCAGGCGCUGAUCGAGCAGGCGGUAGCGCAGAUGGUCAGUGAGCAGCCCGAGACGCAGCGCACGCUGGCCGACAUCGACUUCAGCACCGCCGCCCUGACCCACAGCACCCGCGCCUUUACCUUCCUGGCCGCCUACGGCAAGCCGCCGAAAGCGCCGCACGCGCAUCCACGCGCCACCUUUGGCAAGUCGCUGGCCACGAAGCUCGAGCGCAAGCGCACCGAGCAGGAGGUGUUUGAGCGCGAGCGCCAGCAGCACCUGGACGAGUGGCGCCGCAAGCAGGAGCGCGAGCAGUCCCAGCGCCGCGACCAGGAGGAGCGCCAGCGCCGCGAAAUGCUGGAGCGCGAGGCCAGGAUGCUGCGCGAGACCGAGCAGCGCAAUGCGGUGCUCAGGCAGGAAAUGGCCGAUGCUGCCCUGCGUGCGGCCACUGAAGCUCCCAAGGCACGUGCCCGCAAGCAGAAGGACGACGGCUUUAUUUCCGACACCGACGAUGCCGAGCCCGUGGCCCGGGCGCCCGCCAGCAAGCCCCGCAAGCGCAAGCCUCACGACGAAGACGUGGUGGAUGCCGAAAAGCUCUUCCCGGACGCUCGCCCCGUCUCCAAGAAGGCCCUCAAGUCGAAGAAGCAGCGCCUGGAAGAUGCCAAGGCCGACGACUACGGCAAGUACAAGUCAAAGGCCAUCAUUACCGACUCUGACGACGAUCUGGACAACGACACCCUGUCUGGCCGCCCGGGCGACGUCACCCCUGAGCCCAGAGACUCGCCCAUGCCGUCGCACGACGCGCGCCCCAAGGCUAUCAUCGACUCUGACGACGAAGCCUAG